AUCUGGUUCAUGGGAAGAAUAUUGCGAAAGAAUUUGUUGAAGCUGUGAAGGAGAUAGCUAAAACCUUCAAACACCUAAGUCGAGUAACCUUGGUUAUUGGUGGUUUAGUCAACUCAUCAAAAUAUUUUGAAGUAUUUGACAAGGGCUGCAGAGAAGAUGCAGAUAAUAUAUUGACAGGUACUAGCAUUCUUGUGAAAAUCAUAGGAUAUAAAGCUGGAGUAGAAAAGGCAGAAUUACGGCUGACAAACUGGGGUCUUUCAAAGCAGUAUGAGGUCUGUAAAGAAGCUAUGAGUACUAUGGUUCAAGGAGCAGAAGCAGCUUUCACUGAGCCAGAGUUACAGUCGAUGGACAGGACAUGUUCACUAGAACCAGAAGCAGAUACUAGAACAGAUGAAAAGGAAAAAGUCCUUAUGCGAAAUUUGCCAGGAUAUGUCAAGAUUUGCCAUGUACCGGAGAAUUAUACAUUUGACAAGCUGAGUGGUGAAUUGCUGCGAGCAAACCUACCUGUUCCAUUUGAACGACUAAUUUUUCUUGAUGGGAUGCAAGAGGCUCUCCUGAUUUGUAAGACUUCAAAAGAUGCUCAACAGCUAUCAAAAUUUAGUGGAGACACUUCCUUUUCAUUCUUUUGUGGUGAAGAGCAGGUAACAUUGUUUGAAAAUAUUUAGAGGUUAAAGUAUCAAGUAAAGUCUUUUGAAAUCACCCCUCGGGUGAAUUUUUGUUU